AUGACCGAACGACUUGAAUCCCGAUCGGAUGGAUACGAGUAUGCUUACUGCACUUUGAUCACUCGUUCAUCUUAUCUCGCAGGAGUGAUCAUCUUGGCUCAUACUUUGGCAAAACACAAAACCGCUUAUCCUUUGAUCGUUCUAUACACUUCAUCUUUACCAACGAGCAGCAUCCGAGCGCUGGAAUUAGAAAUACCGCAUACCAAUUUGAUUUUACAUCAAGUAGAUCCACUUCUUCCACGUAAAAAUGUAAAUGUAAAACUCAUAGCAGAAAGAUUUGCUGAUACGUGGACGAAAUUGAGGGUAUUCGAAUUAUACAAGAUUGGAAAAUGGGAUAAAAUAUGUUAUCUGGAUGCUGAUAUGAUCCUAUGUCAAAAUAUGGAUCACGUAUUCAGUAAAAGUUUACCUGAUCAAGAUUGGAUAGCUGCGAAUCAUGCUUGUGUAUGUAAUCUGGAUAAAGAUCCAUGGGCACCUUCGGAUUGGAAUAGAGAUAAUUGUGCUUAUACACCAUUAUCACGUCCUACUGCAAUUGAACAACCUACUCCAGUAACAAAAGAUGCUAGACCGACAUAUCACUUACUCAAUAGUGGAAUGUUCCUUUUCCAUUCUAGUGAAUCACUUUGGAAUCGGAUGAUUGAUUUCUUCAAUACUACUCCUCUACUUGCAGAAUUUCAAUUUCCGGAUCAAGAUUUCCUUGCUGAAUUUUUCAGAUUUAGAUGGAUUAGUUUAGGUUGGCAAUUUAACGCUCUUAAGACGAUGCAAUAUUGGCAUUCAAAUAUAUGGCAAGAUGAUCAAGUAGUUUGUUUACAUUAUAUAGUAGAUAAACCAUGGACGAAAAGAGUUUCAGAUGAUGGCGUAGCGGGAUAUCUAGGUAGAGAUGGUGUAACUCAUACUUGGUGGUGGAACGAAUACGAAGAUUGGACUAAGCAAAGAACGGAUAGUGGUGAUACUCAAGUGAUAGAUAUCGUCAAAAAAUACGUUGCAAGCUCAGGUCAUCAAGAAGAUGAACAGGAUAAAGACAUGUUGGCGUUAGGAAGCAAUGUUCAAGCCUUUGCCAAUAACAAAUCCGCAAUCCCAGUGUCAGCUUAG